AUGAUUAAACAGGAAACCCAUAGUAUUGUCGAUAAAUGGCUACGUAGAACUGAUAAAUGUUUGACCCCUGACUUCGAUGACACAGAAGAAGAUAUUUCAACAGAGAGCAAGAAAUUGGCAAAAGGAGAAAAGAAGCUGAGUGACAAUAUUCUGAUGAUGUUAGAACAUUUUAGGCAACCAGACCCUGUAGGUUUACCAGGAGAUGUCAUACCAGACCCUUGUCCUGUGGCAGACAUGAAGCAGUCGCUACAACUAGGCACACUGUACCUGACCAAUACUAAGGUCCACGGUCUAAGUAAACUCAGGAUAUUACAUGUCAAUGCUGAAGUUGAAGAUCUUGUGGUCGAAGCAGCCUUGAGGAUAGAUGCCUUGCAAGCUCGAGGGAACUAUUCAAUAUCAUCGUGGUUCGGUUCUUCAAGAGGACCCUUCACAGUCGACAUCACAGGUUUAAAAAUAUUGGCAAAGGCUAAUGUCGGUGUAGAAAUAGACGGAAAGCUACGAGCUCAAGACAUCCAUGUCGACCUAAGUUUCACCAAAAUAGCCACAAACUUUGAAAACCUCGGCUUCCUCGGAGGUAUGUUGCAAAGUAUUAUCAACACUGGAGGUGCUACCAUCUUUGACUCUAGUUUACCAGCUAUUCUCAAGGAAGUCUACCCUAAAGCCAGAGCUGAAAUCAAUGCAAAACUUGAAGAAGUCGCUGGUGAUUUACAGUUCCCCAACUCUAUUUCUCCUCUGGACAUGGUGAUCAUUGACGUUAGGAAAAAGAUAAGCGAUAUGAAACUAGAUCCGUACAAGAUAAAAGAUAACAACACUACAAUGAGUAUAUUCACUAUUUCUUUGGCUAACACCUGGGUCACAGGAAUAUCUUCUUUCCAAAGAGUUGGUAAUAUAACUUUAAAGAUGGAAAAUAACACAGCUGUGGCAGACUUUGAGGUUGGUACACAAAAAUUGGAAGGAAGGACUCAGUGGGAUGUGUCAGCGGUGAGUGGGCUUGUCACAAGAGCGGGUACAGCGGCGUUUUCUAUAGAAUACUUUGGUGCCAGGGUGAUAUUGGCACAGCCACUGGACACCAGGAAACCUCCCACACUGAGAGACAUAGAUCUCGAUAUAGGUAAUAUCCAAGUUCGCUUUGACGGUGCAGGCACUCUAGACUACGUGAUUGAAUUUGCAAUUAACGUUAUACCUAAUCUUCUAAGAUACCAGAUCAUGGAUGCUUUCGAAGGACCUUUGAAGGAAAGAGUUCAACAAGAACUAGCGAAAGUAAAUGUAGAUGAGUUAAUAAAACAAGAGUUACCCAAACUUGAUCAAAUGCAGGAGACUGGCUUCAAGCUGUCAGCUCUUAGAGGCCCAGAGGUCCCUAAUGCAAAGUAUGAUGAAGAUGAGUUCUUUAAUUUUUAAACAUAGCUUUGUAUCUACGUAUCCAUAAACAGUAGGUAUAGUUCACAAUGAUGUUCCUACCCUAACUUUUUUUAAAUAAAAUAUAAGCUGUUGGCCAAUGACACAUCUCCAAUGAAUUCUAUUGUUUAUAUUGAAUCAUCAUCUUGCUAAUAAGUAUAUGUAUAAUUACGCAAAAUAAUUAAUUUAAAUGUUAAUUAAAACAUUAAACAUUUAUAAAGAAAUAUUCCACU